GCCGGGCCGCGCCGCCCGGGCUGCAGGCGGGUCCCAGGGAGCUGGGUCCCCGGACGGCGGGCGGUGCGGCGCGCGCUGGCGGCCCCGGAGGAGGCCUGGAGAUGUCCUGUGUGCGCCGCCUCCUGCUCACAUCCCUGUUCCCGGCCCUCCUACUUCACGGGCUGGGAGAGGGUUCUGCCCUCCUUCAUCCAGAUAGCAGAUCCCACCCCCGGUCCCUGGAGAAAAGUGCCUGGAGGGCUUUCAAGGAAUCCCAGUGUCAUCACAUGCUGAAACAUCUUCACAAUGGAGCAAGGAUCACUGUGCAGAUGCCGCCGGCCAUCGAGGGCCACUGGGUAUCUACCGGCUGCGAGGUGCGGUCCGGCCCCGAGUUCAUCACCAGGUCCUACCGGUUCUACCCCAACAACACCUUCAAGGCCUUCCAGUUCUACUACGGCGGCAACCGCUGCACCAGCCCCACCUAUACGCUGGUGGUCCGCGGCAAGAUCCGCUUGCGCCAGGCCUCCUGGAUCAUCCGCGGCGGCACCGAGGCGGACUACCAGCUGCACCGCGUGCAGGUCGUCUGCCACUCGGAGCCCGUGGCUGAGAGGCUGGGCCAGCUGGUCAACCGCACGUGCCCCGGCUUCGUGCCCGCUGGGGGCGCCUGGGUGCCCGACGUGCCCUACGACUUGUGGCGGGAGGAGAGUGGCCGCGAGUGCACCAGGGCCGUGAACUUCGCCAUGCACGAGCUGCAGCUGGUCCGCGUGGAGAAGCAGUACCUGCAGCCCAACCUGGACCGCCUGGUGGAGGAGCUCUUUCUGGGUGACAUCCACACGGACGCCUCCCAGAGGAUGUUCUACCGGCCGUCCAGCUACCAGCCGCCCCUGCAGAACGCCAAGAACCACGACCACGCCUGCAUCGCCUGCCGAAUCAUCCACCGGUCUGACGAGCACCGGCCGCCGCUGCUGCCCCCGCAGGCGGACCUGACGGUGGGCCUGCAUGGCGAGUGGGUGAGCCAGCGCUGCGAGGUGCGGCCUGAGGUCCUCUUCCUCACCCGCCACUUCAUCUUCCAUGACAACAACCACACCUGGGAGGGACACUACUACCACUACUCAGACCCCGUGUGCAAGCACCCCACCUUCACCAUCUAUGCCAAGGGCCGCUACAGCCGUGGUGUGCACUCCACCAGGGUCAUGGGCGGCACGGAGUUUGUGUUCAAAGUGAACCACAUGAAGGUCACCCCCAUGGAUGCGGCCACCGCCUCACUCCUCAAUGUCUUCAAUGGCAACGAGUGCGGGGCCGAGGGCUCCUGGCAGGUGGGCAUCCAGCAGGACGUGACCCACACCAACGGCUGCGUGGCGCUGGGCAUCAAACUGCCUCACACAGAGUACGAGAUCUUCAAAAUGGAGCGAGACACCCGGGGCCGCUACCUACUGUUCAACGGCCAGAGGCCCAGCGACGGCUCCAGCCCGGACAGGCCCGAGAAGAGGGCCACGUCCUACCAGAUGCCCUUGGUCCAGUGCGCCUCGUCCACACCCAGGGCCGAGGACUUCGCUGAGGACCACGGGCAGCGUCAGCACCGGAGCUGGGCGCCCAGGGGCAGCACAUGUCCCCUGCUGCUGGCCGGCCUUGCCUGCCUUUGGACUCUGCUGCCCUGGCUCGGCCUCACAUAGAGGUUCUUACAGAGUUUUAUUUUUCCAAACCGGGAUUCCUUACAAUGUACAGAUUUUCUUUACGAGAAGAAAAGACACUUCCUCCUUGGACACACUUGAGAAGGGUCCUCUUUCCCGCCCACCCUGCCCACCGGUCUGGGUCAGGAGUGAUUUGAAGUUUCUGCUCUGAACUUGGUCCAGUCGGAUCUGGGGCUGGGCGGCCUCAUGACAUAAUCGCACUUUACAAGCGCAGAGGGUUCCGGGCAGUGUGUUGGCAGAGGGUGAGGGGGCAGCUACUCCCCCCCUUCCUCCUUGUCAUCACUGCACUUGGGGUGGGACUUAGGGAGAACAGACACCCCGCUUCAACUUUCCUGCUGCUUCUCUGCAGUUGCCUCCUGUCCUCCUUGGAACCUGUUUGCCUCUCCGAGUUUUCCAGCCUGGAAUCUGGAGGCGAGUAGGUUUGGGACUGCGACCCAGACACCUUGUAUUAACCUAAGAAGAGCCGUCAGAAGACAAAGUGGAGUGGGACCCCCUUUACAGCCUUUAUGAAAGAGAGUGAAUCCACACUUGCCAGUGGUGAAAAGUGUCUGUAAUUAAAGUUUCAGAGUAAUUGAAAGAAUGGCUAUUUUGACUUGCUGGGAGAGGAGCUGUGGGUUCUGCGCUGGUUCCGGAGUGGGGGCUGCGGAGCACACCGCUCCUCCCUGCCCUGUGGAUGGUGCGGUGGAGCACCUGUCAGAAGCUGUCCCACUACAGAUGGACAGGAGGUGACAGUGCAAUGGUGACCUAAGUAAUAGGGAGCCCAUUCCGUCUGGUCCUGGCUCACAUGGUGUCUAGCUUUGGGUGAGCAGACGGAGUCACUUUGCCGUCUCUGUAACCCCACUGACGGAUAUGCAGAGACCAUGCUGGGGUUGUCCUGGUCGGGGCUCGCCUAGACUGUCCGUCCUCCUUCCCAGACAGGACAGGCUGGUCGCCGCAGGGAGUGUCAGGGCACCUUAGCCUCUGUGAGUUUCCUUCUCACAGAUGCCCGGAGGGUGCAUGAGUCAUGUCUGUCCGGCACUUUGGGUUUUUACAAAUGGUGCCAUCUGAACACCAAGGUGGCCUCCAGGAGAAACUGAUGGCGGGAAAUGGUGAGUAACCAAUCAACAGGCCGGAAACCACGAUCGAGGUCAAGAGUCACACCUGUAUUUAAGAAUCACCUUUUUGCAGUGCUGCAGGGCUAGGUUCUAAGGGUGGCGUGUCGUACCAGAGUGCUUUAUCUUUACAUGAUGUUUUAUGUUGCGGUGCAUACUGAGGGGGUUUCAAAUGAAAGUACUAACUUUCAUAAACAGAGAUGUCAACAAGACUCCCACAAAAUACAUUUUACCUGUGGAUCUAUUUAAUACUAAUGCUAUCUUUAAAGGAAAUAAUAAAAUUAUGUGAAAAACUA